GCCCAGCAUUGACCUGUUGCAGGCCUUCGUGGAGCACUGGAAAGGCAUCACACAUUACUACCUUGAAAGCACAGAUGAGAGCACCCCGGCCAAGAAAACAGACAUUCCCUGGCGGCUGAAGCAGAUGCUGGACAUCCUGGUGUAUGAGGAGCAGCAGCAGGCGGCCGCAGGCGAGGCAGGGCCCUGUCUGGAGUACCUGCUGCAGCACAGGAUCCUGGAGACGCUGUGCACUCUGGGCAAGGCCGAGUACCCGCCCGGCAUGCGGCAGCAGGUGUUCCAGUUCUUCAGCAAAGUGCUGGCCCAGGUGCAGCACCCCCUGCUGCACUACCUCAGUGUCCACAGGCCUGUACAGAAACUUCUCCGACUUGGGGGGACAGUUCCUGGGUCCCUGACGGAAAAGGAAGAGGUGCAGUUCACCACUGUCCUCUGCUCCAAGAUCCAGCAGGAUCCAGCCUUGCUCACCUACAUCCUGGAAGGUAAAAAGACUGUAGAUAGGAAGAAGGCAUCUGGAGAUUCCCCUGCCCUGCCAAGGGACACAGCCAGCCACAGGGACAAGGACCAUUCCCACAGCAGUGCUUCUGCCAAGGGUGCCCAGCUGGAUGGGGAACCCUGCGGGGCCCAGGCCUCAGAUAGCCACCUGCCUGCUGAGACUGAGGAGCCAGAUGGUGGGAUAGGAGAGAGCAACCUGGUCACCUCCCUGCUUGGGCUGUGCAAGAGCAAGAAGAGCCGGGUGGCACUGAAGGCCCAGGAGAACCUGCUGCUCCUGGUGAGUGUGGCCUCCCCAGCAGCUACCACCUACCUGGUGCAGAGCAGCACUUGCUGCCCUGCUGUCACCGAGCACCUGUGCCAGCUGUACCAGUCCCUGCCUGCCUUCCUGGACCCUGCAGACAUUGCUGCCUUGGAGGGCAUCAGCUGGAGGUUGCCCAGUGCCCCAUCUGAUGAAGCUUCCUUCCCUGGCAAGGAUGCCUUGGCUGCCUUCCUGGGCUGGUUUGAUUACUGUGACCACCUUAUUUCAGAGGCACACUCGGUGGUUGCAGAUGCCUUGGCGAAGGCUGUGGCCGAGAAGCUGUUUGUGGAGACCUUGCAACCCCAGCUUCUGCACGUGUCUGAGCAGAGCAUCCUGACCUCCACCGCCCUCCUCACCGCCAUGCUGCGCCAGCUUCGCUCCCCUGCACUGCUGAGAGAGGCUGUGGCUUUCCUCCUGGGCACAGACCAGCUGCCUGAAGGCCCUGAGGACAGCCCCCGCACCCUGUGUGCCCACCUCAUUGGGCACUGUGACCACCUCUCUGAUGAGAUCAGCAUCGCCACACUGCGGCUGUUCGAGGAGCUGCUCCAGAAGCCCCACGAGUGGAUCAUCCGCAGCCUGAUCCUGUGCCACCUUGAGGGCCGCCCCUAUGUGGCCCGGGGCUCACCCGAGCCUGAGAGCUAUGAGGAUACCCUAGACCUGGAAGAAGACCCCUACUUCACAGAUGGCUUCCCCAGCUCCGGCUUUCAGCCCUCCACAAAGCCUCGCCGAGCUCUUGCCACCAAUGCAGAUGGGAAAACAGCAGUGACCGAGAUCGUCAACAGCUUCCUCUGCCUGGUCCCCGAGGAAGCCAGAACCUCUGCUCUCCUGGAGGACACAGGCUACGACACAUACGUCCACGAUGCCUAUGGACUGUUCCAAGAGUGCAGUUCCCGCGUUGCCCUCUGGGGCUGGCCUCCUAGUCCCACACCCUUGGAUCCCCAUGAGCCUGAACGGCCUUUCUUCGAGGGCCACUUUCUCCGUAUGCUGUUUGACCACAUGUCCCGGAUUUUGGAUCAGCCAUACAGCCUGAACCUGCAGGUGACCUCAGUCCUGUCUCGGCUUGCCCUCUUCCCCCACCCCCACAUCCACGAGUACCUCCUGGAUCCCUACAUCAGCCUGGCCCCCGGCUGCAGGAGCCUGUUCUCUGUGCUUGUCAGGGUGAUCGGGGAUUUGAUGCAGAGAAUUCAGAGGGUUCCCCAGUUCCCCGGCAAACUGCUUCUGGUGCGCAAGCAGCUGAUGGGCCAGGUCCCUGGGGAGCAGCUGGAUCACCAGACCCUCCUGCAGGGUGUGGUAGUACUUGAGGAAUUCUGUAAAGAGUUGGCCGCCAUUGCUUUCGUCAAGUUUCCCCCACGAGGUCCUCACCUGAACCUCUCCCCACACCCAGAAGGGCAAGUCUGAGCCAGGAGCAGGACAGUGGGAGACUCCUGUCCACACCUCUGCCCUAGAGCUGCCUCCUGCCUGGCACUGCUACCACACCUUCAUCCCUGGUAGGGGCUUGCAUUCUUAUGCUCGGUCAAGGAGAACAUGAAUUGUCGACCACAAUGAACUGGGUUUCAGGGAAGGAGCCUCCAAGGUCCCAGGUGCCCAGGAGCCAAAGAGAUGGCUCUCCAGGCAGCAUGGUAUUCCUGAGGCCUUCUUGGAGGAGCUGGGUGGCGGCCAGGUGAGCAGCCAGACCCUCACAUGCUGUGUGCCUGUGCUGCUCAGUACUGGCCGUUGUGGCCGGGGCCAAGACUCGUGACUCAAUUCGAGGGCAAGAAGGGGAGUGAGCUGAUGGCUCCAAGGUAGACCAGGACCCAGGCCAGAGAGAUGGGGCCAGGAGCCCUGUCAUAUUAGGAACCAUGAAAGCAGCUGAUUGAGACUUCACAUUUUUUCCCUGCCUUCUUGACUUAGCCCAUGAAGAAGGGACAGUGAAGGGGACACUCAGACCCCUCUCCCUGCUCUGCCUCCUGGAGAUCGUUGCAAAAUUCCCAACACCUCGUGGCAAAUGCCCAAAAGCAGUUCCGCGCCCAGGCGGGGGCAGCUGUUAAUGAGAACCUUACUGCAGCUGUGGCCAGGGCGGGAGCGGGCCAGGGAGCUGGGUGCCAGGCUAUGGCUCCAGCCGGUUUCUCUCUGGCGCCUUCUGAACCCGUCUCGGCAGGUCCACAACACCUGGGCAGAGAGGUCAGAGACCAGGGGAGGCCAGGCCUCGCCCUCUGCAUUCUGCCCAAUACCCAGUGUUCUCAGUGGCAUGCCCUUCAAGGGGAACAAGGGAGCUUGGGGUCCUUAGGACAGGAUGCCCUUGACUCCAGGCCCUAAGGCCUGGUGGGGAGGGGCCGAGGCUCAGACAGCCAGUUCUGGUGGUGUUCUCCCUGCAUGCCCUCCAUGGCAGGGGCUGCUACCCCACCCGGCCCGAAUCUGUCUCGACCUGCAAGAACACACGGGCAGCGCCAGGCAUUACCUCACAGCGCGACUGCAGUUGCUGGCUUCGCUCCUGGGCAAGGAGGAGCAGGCCAGAGCCCCUUUCGCUUCCUUUUCCUGCCCAUGCGGCUUCUAGAAGCCAGGCACAGGUUGCCAAGAGGUGACAUGAAAGAGGAGGAAACUCGAUGACCUCUGCCUCUCCCGCAUUCCUCCCAGCGGGGGAGGACUCAGCUGCUGCUCUGAAGAACACCCUGUGGGUGCACACACAUGGGUGUUGGUCUGGACAGGGAGCAGAUCUCAGUGGGAGAAUUGAGUCUGGACUCUUAGAUUCCGACAAUGUUUGAGGGUCUAGAAAUGACAGACCUUCCCCUCUCCUCAGUGCACUUGAUGUUUGCACAGCAUCUUCCCCGGACAGCACAGCAAUAAAUGGUGUGAUUGUGUGGACACGA